CACAGCCGCUCCCCUCCCGCAGCAGCACCUGCAGCGUGUCCUCCGGAGAUCGCCGGCUGGGGACGGGGCCUCUCUCCCUCGGGCCCCUGCACCGGUCUCAGCGCCCUUGGCACAAGCCUGGCCCAUCUGCUGCUGCAGCCGCCUUUCCAGCCGGGCACAGGCAGGGUCUCCACAAAAGGAUGGGUUGUCAUGGCCUUCUCAAUUUUGGAAAGAAGCUGCUUCGCCGGAAAGUUGUGAACUGGACCAGAGAAGAGAGCAAGCUGUCACGAUGCCUCAACACUUUUGACUUGGUAGCUCUUGGUGUAGGUAGCACACUUGGUGCGGGUGUCUAUAUACUGGCUGGAGCAGUGGCACGAGAAAACGCGGGACCUGCGAUUGUUAUCUCUUUCUUGAUUGCCGCAUUGGCUUCUGUAUUGGCUGGACUUUGUUAUGCAGAAUUUGGUGCUAGAGUUCCAAAGACUGGGUCUGCUUAUCUCUAUAGCUAUGUGACUGUGGGUGAGCUGUUGGCAUUCAUCACUGGUUGGAAUUUAAUUCUUUCUUAUGUGAUUGGAACAUCAAGCGUGGCCAGAGCAUGGAGUGCGACGUUUGAUGAACUCAUAGGCAAGCACAUUGAGCGCUUCUGCCAAGAGCACAUGACCAUGAACGCUCCGGGGGUGCUAGCAGAAUAUCCAGAUAUCUUCUCUGUUCUCAUCAUCUUCAUCUUAACAGGGCUUUUAACUUGCGGAGUGAAAGAAUCCGCAAUGGUAAACAAAAUAUUCACCUGCAUCAACGUUCUCGUCCUUGGCUUCGUUAUGGUGUCAGGCUUUGUGAAGGGAUCAGUCAAAAACUGGCAUCUCACCAUUGACGACAUCUAUAACACGACCAAUGCUUCAUGUAGAGACAAUCAAACACAGGUAGAUCUGAACCAUGGUGUUGGGGGGUUUAUGCCCUUUGGAUUCAAUGGAGUCCUCUCAGGGGCAGCCACAUGCUUUUACGCCUUCGUAGGAUUUGACUGUAUUGCCACCACAGGCGAAGAAGUGAAAAACCCUCAGAAAGCAAUUCCCAUUGGCAUCGUCGCCUCGCUUCUGAUCUGCUUCGUCGCUUACUUUGGCGUGUCAGCUGCACUCACGCUCAUGAUGCCCUACUACUUGCUUGAUCCAAACAGUCCUUUACCCAAUGCAUUCCAGUACGUGGGCUGGGAGGGUGCCAACUAUGCAGUGGCUGUUGGUUCACUUUGUGCCCUUUCUGCUAGCCUUCUUGGCUCCAUGUUUCCGAUGCCUAGAGUAAUUUAUGCUAUGGCAGAAGACGGACUGCUGUUUAAAUGUUUGGCUACGGUCAGCAAGAGAACCAAAACCCCAGCAGUAGCUACGGCAACUUCAGGGGCUGUGGCAGCUGCCAUGGCCUUUCUUUUUGACCUGAAAGAUCUUGUGGAUCUUAUGUCCAUCGGGACCCUGCUGGCUUAUUCCUUGGUGGCAGCCUGCGUAUUGGUACUGAGGUACCAGCCAGAGCAACCUAACCUGGCCUACCAGAUGGCUAGAACAACGGAGGAGCCGGACCCCAACGAGUCUGCGAGCACCAGUGAAUCGCAGGCUCCGUUUCUGCCUGAAGAGGAGGAGAAUGAUUCCCGAAAAGGCAUUCUGUUUCCCCAAAACUCAGAUCCCUCCAAACUCUCUGGUUUGGUAGUUAACAUCUCAUCUUGUCUCAUAGGUUUACUUAUCGUCAGCUGCUGUAGCUUUACUGUGCUUGGCAAAGAGCUGCUGAUAAAAGGGACUGCGUGGGCUAUCGCCGUGAUUGCCGUGCUCGUUCUCUUUUGCCUCGUUGUCGGUUUAAUUAUUUGGAGACAACCUGAAAGCAAAACCAAGCUCUCGUUUAAGGUACCUCUUUUGCCUUUACUUCCUAUUCUGAGUAUUUUUGUGAAUGUUUACCUCAUGAUGCAGCUGGAUAAAGGGACCUGGAUACGGUUUGCUGUCUGGAUGUUCUUGGGUUUUAUCAUUUACUUUGCAUAUGGAAUGGGGCACAGCGUGGAAGCUACCGAUUCAGCACCGCCAGAUUCAGAAAGAAACACGGACCACGACUUGGACAGCUGUAAAUGAUAGCGUGUUUGGCUGAAGAGCAGCCCAACAAUCACUUCAGACGAGGAAGCUUCAUCUCGGGGACCCUGAACUACUUCCUCUGUUAAUCCGUGCAGCAGAGGGUGGGAUUCCCAGCCGUGCUUGUUUCAACUUGAAGCUCGAUUUACGUUGGUGAUGCAGUUAAAAGGGAUCACAAGGAAAACGUCAUGCCUCUGGCAUACUCCCAACAACACUGUUCCCUGGGCUGCAGGCGCUCUCGCUCUCUCUCUCUCUUUUUUUUUUUAAUGUAUAGAAAGAAAACCGCUCCUCCGGUGCCAGUUAACCUUCAAUGCUGCUAUGAGACUAGGCCUCCUGAAAGUCCUUCUCUCAGUAGUCCUGUGAAUUAACUCCCCAGGUACUUGUUUUUAAAUGGAACAGACUCUGCAAUGCUAAUGUCAUUCCUAGAUCAGAUCCUUGGAUCAAGUGAUGUGGGCUGUAUCACAAAAAAAGUCUCACCAAAAAUAAUCUCCCAUCUGGUUAAAAAGUGCCUGCAAUGAGUUACAUUUUAAAGAAAAGCAUCCAGUGGCAUUAUUUUAAUUGUAUUUAACUUCUGAAAAGGUACUUGUAUACUUUAAAAUGCAGCUUUGCCGUGAUGUUUAGGGGAGCUGCUCUGAGGCUGAAUUCCCUUUUCCUUCAUGCAGCUAGUACAAACAAAUGCUUCUGUGAAUAACAGACCCCGCUGCUCACUAGAGGGGCCUCCAGCUGUAGCUGUAAAUCUGCUUGGUGUAAGUAGUUCAGUGGCGCUAGGCGUGGGUGUCUCCAAAGAGCCCUCUGUCAAAGGCAAUGGAGAUAGUCCUGAUUUAUGCCAGUCAAAGUUAGAAGAGAAGCAGACCCUGAGAGUUUGCUUUUGACAUCAAUGGGCACAACCGGUAGAAGCCCGUAGAAAACGACGCACAAAAGAUUCUCACAAUACUCAAAAUUCUGUGGGGGGAAAGUAUCUGAGACUCUCACAGCUCCUGUCAGCUCUACCAAGCAACCCCUGUGUGCAAUGUAAAAUGUCCCCUUAGCCAGUCACACAAUGGAGCAUGCCGCCUCCUGCCCAGCAAGGCUGAGGUAAGCUGAAAGGCCUGAUCAACACUGGUGUAUAUAAGCAGUUAAACCCACUGUGUGGACACGCUUAUUCUGGUAUACAAUGACUCUUUUUGGUUGUGCUUACACCCCUUCCCAGGCAACAUAAGCUAAAAUGGAAAAAGGGACUCCUAUGCCAGAGUCAGUGUGUCCCCACAGGAGUUAUACUAGUGUAAUUGUAUCGGGUUACAUUCACUCCUUCACUUACGCUGAAAAAACUUUCUAGAGUAGACAAUUCCUUUUGGUGAAAGUCUUCUCUCCCACCCUGAGCAGAGCUCUGUCUAGGUAUCUCAGGUACGGCCCCCAUUACCAUAAUGUCUGAGCACUCCUCAAACUUUAAUGUGUUGGUCCUUAUAAUGCCCCUAUGUUAUCCCCAGAGGCACAGAGCAGAUACUAAACCUAUACCUCAAGUUGGGGCUGUGAUUCCCAGCAGCUCCAGAAGACACACCUGUGCUUAGCCUGAAUGUAGCUGUGAGGGGCUAGCCACCCAAAGGACGUGUCUGGGGUUUUGCAUAGGAUUGCAUUUGGGCCACAAGCACGUCCUGCCACUUCAGCUAUACUGAGAGCUAGCCACGGGUAUGGCUCCUCAAGCUGGGAAGCAAACCCCCAGCGUAGCUGUCCCCUAAAUUACUUGCCGAAGAUCAUUCGGCCAGUUUGGGGUGCAGCAUGGAAUAGAACUCAGGUCUCUCACAUCCCAAGCUAGUGACCUAACCACUGGACCGUCCUUCCACCUGUUAUACUAAGUAGGGCUUAAAUGGUGUAGAGACAUUGUCCUGGCUUUCUGCACAGGAGUGAAUUUAACCCAUAGCCCUUUUUUGUAGGACACUGCUGAUCUGCCACAGGUUCAGAAUUUGUCUAGUGAGGUUUCAGUGAUAACAGUUGGUGGGACUUCAGUAGCACAUGGAUCAUUUUAACACUGUUCCAUGUGCUGCUUAUAGUACAAAAUAAAGGCCAAGUCCUGCUCUUGGAGCUAUACAGUGGAUCUUGACUGUCGGUCAAGUCUCUUCUCUCCUCAGACAUGUGAAAUUCCAAGAGUUCCACUCAAGCGGGGAAGGAAGAAUGUCAGAGUCAAGAACCAUGAUGGAGUUCUCAUCCUUUUAUCCUAAAUGGAACACUCCUAGUAUACUUCAUGUGCUCAUAAAAAGUACUGAUGUCAGAGAAAACCAACAGAAGAGAAAAAUGUUUCCUGUGGUACCAAAAACAGAGGAGUGCUUUUCUCCAGCUUGGGCAACAGCUUUUAAGGAGUUGUUAAAUUUAGCACUGCAUGAAUAUUCGAAGGGGGUGAGUGCUGGCUAAAAGGUGGGUUUUGAAAGGAAAACUAUUUAAAUUUAGGCAGAUUGCUUGCUGUAAAAAUGUUUUGAUAAAUGUUAACUUAUUUUUUUUGUGUUGCAUUUUUUGUCUUCUUUGGGACCUGCUUGGUCUUCAUGUUCCACUACUUUAGCUCAGCUAAUUACACAUAAAGUGCAGAAAAUAGCAUCACUUAGAAGAAAAGGGAAAAUUUUGGUGGGAGAUUGUUUUUCUUUCAUUUCCUUUUCUGUGAGAAGGUUCAGAGGGAAAAAAUCCUAUUUAAUUAUAACUGGCUGUUAAAUUAUCUCUUACGUACACAUGUCCAAAGUUUUCUUUCACAAAUUGAAAGGCAAAGUUCCACCAAAAACUUUCUAGGAUAAUGACACUGAUUGUGCUAAAUAUGGGAAGCUCUUUUCCCCCCUCUGAUGUUCAAAUGUACCAUAGACCAAGCUGAGUAUCAGGGAAGACAUGCAAAUACUGCUGUAAUCUUGCUGUUGUGAAGAACAGGCCUGCAUUUAGUUGAGCUUCUUUUUGUAAAUAGUUCAGUAAUUAUUCUAUGUUUAUAAGAGUAUUUUGUAUAGCUGCCAGAGCAUUUCUGUGUAUAUAAAGUUAGGUAUAGAAAUGAUGCCUUCUUUGGGAUAACGAAAGCAAGAAGAAUUGGCCAUUUUUUUUCAAAGGAGAGGCAGUGGCAAAUGUGGCCUGUCAGAAUUUUCAAGGCAGCCUCUUCCCUCAGGAAUUUGAUCUCAUUUGAACUCGAUUUGCUCAUUUCUUAUUUGUUCAUACAUAUCUGAGGGAAGGUGCCUUCUAGGGGAGAUCUGUAGAUGUUUAUUUUUAGUUAUCUAAUAUUUGUAUGCCAGUCCCUACUGGAUUAAAAUGGCUGUGUCAACUCCCCCACAUGAAGACAGUUUUAUCAAUAUAGCAUCCCUUUUUUUUUAAGGGACUAGAUCCUGUUAACAUUUUUCAAAUGAAAACUUAGGUCAAAAAAUAGUCUGUUUCAAAAAGAGGUAUUUUUGUGUGUGAAACCUAUAAGAUUUUUUAAAAAUAUUUUUUCUUUGAAAAUGGUAAAUGAAAAAUGUAACUUGUUGGUUUUUGUCUUCAUUUUUCCUCUUUGUUUUCCAUUACUGUUGAGUUCCUCGUGUAUGUGUUGAGGUGCUGAUUUCUUCUUGUUACUCUUUUCAGUCUUUGUCAUCCUGAGUUGUUGAUUUUUAUUUCUUACGUGCCACUAUUGUUUGAUCAUCUUAGUUGGAUUUUUUUUCUCAAAUUAAAGAAUAAAUCACUUUUGAAAACUACUGAUUAAAAAAAAUGCAGUGGAAAAUUUUUGAAAAAUAAAACAUCAGCUUGCUUCAAAAACUACCGCAAGUAAAUUUUCAGAUCAUUUCCGGGGUGGGUUUUCAAUCAGCUUUUGAAGGAAAGGCAGAUAUACAACCUGAUUGCUUCUGUUGAAGUCAGUGACAAAACGUCCGUUAACUUAUUUGGCUAAAUUCAUCCCUGGUGAAUUAGACGGAUGAAGUUCUACCCGGGAUGAAUGUGACCCAUUGACUUCAGUGCAAGCAGGGAUGGGUCCAUAAUUAAAACUCUGCAGAUGGUUAGCAGACUGAAGUCCCAAAUGGCUUCAGUGCUCUGUUUUUCUGGUUUUAGUGACCAUCUGUUUAGAAUUAGUGUUGGAAAGGUUAGGUUUUAAUUAGCAAAUAUUUGCAACUGUCAUUUUUGCCCUUCAGCUGAAAUGGGUGAAAAGAAAUUCCAUCACUAACCAUAAAAAAUGUACAAAGAAGGAAAGUUAAGAACAUAUCAUAUGAUAUGUUGCUCUUAUAGAUAUCUAGCUUCCUCCUCUGUUGCUGUCAAUUCAAUUAACAGACAGCAAUGUGAACGAUUCUGGUUAUAUUUUGGACAGUCGGUCACUACAGUUUAUACAAAUAUUGCCUCAAUUCAAAAUUUUUAAAUUCCUGUUAGUACAAAAAUUUCCACUCAGGAACACUGAAAAAGAUAGUUAGAAAUGCUCGUUGGUAUUAUCUGUCAAAAGUAAUAGACAAUCAAAACCUGAUCCUUCCAAGCCUAUGCACAGGGAAUGUGUUCCAAGCAAACCAAUCUGCUUACUAGCAGAGAGGUCUGGUGUCUCUCUCGCCUUCACUUCAGAAUGAAUAUUGAGCCAGUCUUCUGUUUUAAGAGAGUGGCUGCUAUCCCCUUUAGCACAAGAGCAUAUUUGUUUCUUAGUCCUUGAGGUGGAUACACUUUCAGCAUCAUAAGCUUGAUUAUUGGACAUAUGUUUACUGCAAAGUUUCAGUUAAACUUCUAAAUCCUUUUUAGCCAAAAAUGUACUUAGUGUUAAGUGGUUGGGUUUUUUUUUAAUUCCUUUUGUUCUCCAUUGUACAUGUGAGUUUACUGACCACACCUGCAUUAGGGGGCCCCAUGACUUCCUCUUUACAACUCACUGCAUGCUCCUACUCAUUGGAUGCCAGUGGGUGGCCAUUUCUUAGUUGAAGCCAAAUCUCUGUUGUGUUUGAGGCUACUGGAGUGGGGGGUGUCAUGUAAGUGCAAUAGUAUUUCCCGCUCCCCGCCACCAACUGUCAAAUCCACAUCAGGAUAUACUUCACUGGACUGGAGACUGCCGCAGAUUUGGUACAUCAUUCACUUGGAUGAAAUUCAACCCCUCCCCUCCAACCCCCCACUCAAGUAUAGGCCCCUAGAGACCUGGCACCACUUGUGUUAAGUUUUUUUUAAGAGUUACAUAGGCCUUUGUGCAGGGUUGCAAUUCACCCUUGCUGUAGAAUUUAUUUAACACUGCCUUCUGUUCACUCUCAUUUUUCUUUGCUUGCACACACGCUAUUGACAGGGUAGCUGGGUGAUGCGUUACCAGACUUGGGGGACUAUCAGAAGAGCCAAAAGCACGUUCUAGUUUUUAAUUGUAUUACCCGAGUCUUACUCACUCGUGUAAAGGCAGAAUUGUGUACAAAUAAUGUCUAAUUUUGUGUGCAUUUGAUUAUGGUAGGAUGGCAUAGUUGGGGGAGAUGUAGGCACUUCAUAGGCAUAAAGGAGGGGCCUCUAUUUUACCAGGAUAGUUGGAAUUUCUAGUGAAAUGUUUAUUGACAUGCUGGUAUGAGAAGCCAUGUUCUAUACAGCAUUUCAUCACUGUAACCAUGAUGCCGGAUGCAAUUUUAUAGUUUUGCCCCUAUUCACACUACUCCUGUUUCAGCAGCAGGAGAGGUAGAUAAGUCACUGCUUUUAAUGAUGAAUGGGGUUCAGAUUAUGUUACAUACGCAAAUGUAUCACACAAAAAUUUCCAGGCAUUUGACAUGGAGAAAAGGGACAUGAAAAGGCCUCUAGGUUUUCUGAACCCUUCAUGUUUAGUCAGUUAACAGCUGAUUUUUAUCAUAUAAAACAUGUCUGAUAACCAAACUGGAAACCAAAUGGUGUAAGAACGCGCUUGUUAUGAAACUCCAAGCCAUGAUUUCCUCAGGGUAUUUGUUCUUGGCGCCUGCUCCAAGAAGUGAGGUUAGUCCAAGACAUGCAAACUUCUAAUCAAUAUGGCAUCUUUUCCCCACUGAUAACUUACAGCAAGUCUUUGGCAUAGUAACAUCGGUGUUUCCAGAUGAUGGGAUGGCUGAGACACGUGUUACAUUGUGCCUUUCAACUUCAAUUGAUUGUAGAAGCACAAACACUGAUGACAACUUUGGGUCGGUUUAUGUAUUACAAACCUACCAUAAACAGGUGGGAUUUCUUCAGUGAAGUUGCUUUUACUGACUAAGAAGCCAUGGAAGGGUCUAACUGUUUUUUUUUAUUGAUCAAAAUGUACAUACAUUUCUGUUGUUUGGUUUUUUCGAUUUUUGUCUAAUGAUUUUUCAGAAUGUCUUACAGUUGUGAUAAAUGGUUAGACUCCUAGUCCUAGCUCUCUAGUUUUUAUCUCUGUGUAGGGUUUAUUUUGUUUGUUUCGUUAUGAAUUCUUUUUUAAACUGUGUACUUUUUAGACCAUAGAAUUACAUUUUUAAAAUGUGAAACUUUCACCCAGAGCACAGCAUGGGCAGACAGACACUUUUCAACAGACAACACUGUAAAUAAAUCUCCUGGGGACUAUGCUUUUUGACUUUGGAAAUCAACUUGUAAUUAAAUGGCACAGUAUUAAAAUGUUUUCAUGA